AGGAAUCCGGAAACCACCGGGCUGUGUGGGUCAUCUGUGUGCUUAGUGCCCGGGCCGGCGGCGUUGAUCCUGGGCGCAUCUCUUGUCCAGGAGCUGAGGUGACAUCUCUGCCAGCCUUUUGGGGCGGCUGCCACAAUCUGGGCUGCGGCCUGGUGCCCUGUCUCCGGGUACCCUAUUUGCUCUGGCCAUGCCCUCGGCCGCCGCCCCCCUCAUCAGCUCGGUCCAGAAGUUGGUUCUGUACGAGACCAGAGCUAGAUACUUUCUAGUUGGGAGCAAUCAUGCAGAAACAAAAUACCGUGUUUUGAAAAUUGAUCGAACCGAACCAAAAGAUUUGGUCAUCAUUGAUGAUAGGCAUGUGUAUACUCAACAAGAAGUGAGAGAGCUUCUCGGCCGCUUGGAUCUAGGAAAUAGAACGAAGACGGGGCAGAAAGGCUCCUCUGGUUUAUUUCGAGCUGUUACUGCUUGUGGUAUUGUAGGUUUUGUAAGGUUUUUAGAAGGCUACUAUAUUGUGUUAAUAACUAAAAAGAGGAAGAUGGCAGAUAUUGGAGGUCAUGCAAUAUAUAAGAUUGAAGAUACAAAUAUGAUCUAUAUACCGAAUGACUCUGUACGAAUUACUCAUCCUGAUGAAGCUAGGUAUCUACGGAUAUUUCAAAAUGUAGACCUAUCUAGUAAUUUUUACUUCAGUUACAGCUAUGAUUUGUCCCACUCACUUCAAUAUAAUCUGACUAUCUUGAGAAUGCCCCUGGAAAUGUUAAAAUCCGAAACUACCCAGACUCGCCAGGAGAGUUUUGACAUCUUUGAAGAUGAAGGAUUAAUUACACAGGGCAGAAGUGGUGUGUUUGGGAUCAGUAGUGAGCCUUACAUGAAGUAUGUGUGGAAUGGUGACCUUUUGGAUAUAAUUAAAAAUACUGUGCAUCGUGACUGGCUACUGUAUGUUAUUCAUGGAUUCUGUGGCCAGUCAAAGCUCUUGAUUUAUGGACGACCAGUAUAUGUCACUCUUAUAGCCAGGAGAUCCAGUAAAUUUGCUGGGACGCGGUUUCUCAAGAGAGGUGCAAACUGUGAGGGUGAUGUUGCAAAUGAAGUGGAGACUGAACAAAUACUCUGUGAUGCUUCUGUAAUGUCUUUUACUGCCGGAAGCUACUCUUCUUAUGUCCAAGUUAGAGGCUCAGUUCCUUUAUAUUGGUCUCAGGACAUUUCAACUAUGAUGCCUAAGCCUCCUAUUACAUUGGACCAGGCAGAUCCGUUCGCGCAUGUGGCUGCACUCCACUUUGACCAGAUGCUUCAGAGGUUUGGCUCGCCCAUCAUCAUCUUGAAUUUAGUGAAGGAACGAGAGAAAAGAAAGCAUGAGAGAAUUCUGAGUGAAGAGCUUGUAGCUGCUGUGACCUACCUCAAUCAGUUUCUGCCUCCUGAACAUACAAUUGUCUAUAUUCCUUGGGAUAUGGCCAAGUACACUAAAAGCAAGUUAUGCAAUGUUCUUGAUCGACUCAAUGUGAUAGCCGAAAAUGUGGUGAAGAAAACAGGUUUCUUUGUAAACCGCCCUGAUUCUUACUGUAGCAUUUUGCGACCAGAUGAAAAGUGGAAUGAACUUGGCGGGUGUGUGAUUCCCACUGGUCGGCUGCAGACUGGAGUUCUUCGAACCAACUGUGUGGACUGUUUAGAUCGCACCAACACAGCACAGUUUAUGGUGGGAAAAUGUGCUCUGGCUUAUCAGCUGUAUUCCUUGGGACUGAUUGACAAACCUAACCUUCAGUUUGAUACAGAUGCAGUUAGAUUAUUUGAGGAACUCUAUGAAGACCAUGGGGACACUCUCUCCCUUCAGUAUGGUGGUUCUCAACUUGUUCAUCGUGUGAAAACAUACAGAAAGAUAGCACCAUGGACCCAGCACUCAAAAGAUAUUAUGCAGACACUCUCGAGAUAUUAUAGCAAUGCCUUUUCAGAUGCUGAUAGACAAGACUCCAUCAAUCUCUUCCUGGGAGUAUUCCAUCCCACCGAAGGAAAACCUCAUCUCUGGGAACUCCCAACCGAUUUUUAUUUACAUCAUAAAAAUACUAUGAGGCUUCUGCCGACAAGAAGAAGUUACACUCACUGGUGGACACCAGAUGUAAUAAAACAUUUACCACUGCCUUAUGAUGAAGUUAUCUGUGCUGCAAACUUAAAGAGAUUGGUGGUGAAGAAAUUCCACAGAUAUGAAGAAGAGAUCGAUAUCCACAGCGAGUUCUUCCAACCAUACGAGUUGAGUUGUUUUGAUGACACUUUUUGCUUGGCCAUGACUAACUCUGCACGUGACUUUAUGCCUAAGACCGUUGGCAUUGAUCCAAGUCCAUUUACUGUGCGGAAACCAGAUGAAACUGGAAAAUCAGUAUUGGGGAACAAAAGCAAUAGAGAAGAGACUGUGUUGCAGCGAAAGACGGCAGCCAGCGCCCCGCCACCCCCCAGCGAGGAGGCUGUGUCCAGCAGCUCUGAGGAUGACUCUGGGACUGACCGGGAAGAUGAAGGCUCUGUAUCCCAGCGCUCCACUCCGGUGAAGAUGACAGACACUGGAGACAGUACCAAAGUGACCGAGAACAUGGUCCAGCCCAUGAAAGAAGUAUAUGGCAUUAACCUUUCAGAUGGCCUCUCAGAGGAAGAUCUCUCCAUUUAUUCAAGGUUUGUUCAGCUGGGGCAGAGUCAACAUCCACAAGACAGAAGCAGCCAACAGGUCUGUGCCCGGUGUCCAGAUGGAGUGAUAAAACUAGCACCCAUCUCUGCCUUCUCACAAGACAACAUCUAUGAAGUACAGCCUCCCAGAGUAGAUAGGAAGUCUACCGAGAUAUUCCAGGCCCACAUUCAAGCUGGUCAUGGUGCCAUGCAGCCCCUUGGGAAGGAAGACACCGCCUUGUACCGAGAAUACAUCAGGAACCGCUACCUGUGAGGGACAAGCCAGACCUCCCAAGCAAGCCUCAUCCAUUGCCAUUGUCACCUCAAAAACUAAUUUCCCAGCAGCCUGUGAUGACUACAGAUCUUCCUCUUUGUGGUGAUUUCCAAGUUAUGGGUAAUAAAUGCCUGGAUAGUUUGGUGUCAUUGCCUUUGCUUCCUUCUAGAAAUGCUUUGUUUAGGAGAGUGGUCAGUAUAAUAUCGUAUAUCAUGUCAAAAAGUUAACAUGGGACCAUAGUGAUAGUACAGCAGGCAGGGGGCUUGCCUGCAUGUGGCCAACUCAGGUUUGAUCCCAGCAUCAUAUAUGGCCCUCCAAAUCAUGCCAGGAAUUAUCACUGAGUGUGGAGCCAGAAGUAAUGCCUGACCACAGCCCAGCGUGGUCCAUAAACCAAACCAAAAGAAGUUAACAUGUUGGGGCUGCUGUCAGCACUGCAAUUUGUGCUAAUUAAAUCAGAGCCAAGUGUGAACCAUCCUGGGUGGUACAUCCUGGUUCAAUGCAUUAAAGAAUAUUUAUUGAGCACCUGCUGUAUGCCAGACACUCGAGUAUAGCUUGGGAAUAUUUUAAUAAGAAAAACAGGUCAAAUAAUCCCUCUGGUGUAAAAUUGUUUUUUUUAAAUAGUUGACAUUUCAAAAAAUUAUUCUGUUGGUUUUUAUGUUAACUUUGUGUCUUGAUCAAAGAUUUAUUACUUUGAGAACUUUUGGUUUUAGGAAAUAAGCAUUGAAAUAUUUAUAGACAAAAGGGCAAGAUGUCAGCCGACUGCUCAGGAAAAAAGAAAAAAAUGAUAAAGAAAGUGGAGCAAAGUAUGAAUAAUCAGCAAAUCUGGGAAAGAAAAUACAGGAGAUCUUUGAACUCAUAAUUCUCUAUAAAUAUGAAAUCGUAUAUUAAAAACCCAAACAUUAACUAUUUAUCACUUUGUUCUGUACUGUAGAGUUGUACCACAUGGUUUGUCAUCAGUGUCUGUAGCUGACGUGUCAGGUACUUCCUUGUAGAGCUUUUGCUCUCUGUUCCCUUGGGUAUAGACACGGACAGACAGACAGCUUCUUAUAUUUUGACAGCCGAGUAUAUGAGUUGAUCUUCUUGUCUCUGCCUCUUUGUACAAGUCGCAUCAUUCCCCUUCCUUUUAAAAUAAAGGGGAAAAAGAAAAAGCCAUCUAAUGUGAGAAGGAAAAUUGAUCCACUAAAUGAUCUUUAAAAUAUCACAGCCUGAGAUCCCAGGAUUCAAUUGAAGGUCCUCUAUUGCAAAUAAUAGUUAAAUCCCUAAUAUGCAGAUGUUUCCCCUGGUAGAAGCCCCCACCAAAUAUCAAAAUUAGAUAAUGGAAGAAUCACAAGCAAGAUUUCUUUUGCAGUCAAGAACAAUAAAUCCUACCUCAGCCGUUUUGUGUUGUUUAGAGGUAACAUCUGUAUAAUAUGCUCGGGACUCUUAAAAGAUGGUAAGUGGAUAGUUGCUGUGAAUGCAGUGGUUAUAGUGGUGGUUUGCAGUUGGUGGUUGUGUCAAUGGUGGGAUAAUUUUUUCGUUUUUUGUUUUUUUCCAAAAAUUUUAUUUUAUUAAAGCACCAUGUAUUUCAAAGUAUUCAUAGUUGGGUUUUUGACAUGCGGUGCUCCAUCAUCAAUCCACCAGAGUCCACUUCCCUCCACCAGUGUUCCCAGGUGCUCUCUUCUGCCACUCACCUUGCUCCCAGCCUUAGCCUGCCAUCUUGACAGGAACCUUUAAAUUUGGUUAUUAAAGUUUGGGACUUGCAAUUUCA